CGGGCUUAGGCCUAUCCUUGGCAACAGCAGGUGUCGGGGUUGGCAUUGUGGAGUUAGCCGUUGUGGCUGCCGUGGGUGGAGCAGCUGGCACGGAGGUAACAGAAACGGUGGUGGUGAUGGUGGUGGAGAUCGGAGUACUGUCACUGCUAGAGGCCUCCCCCUCGCCCUCCACACGGCUGCCCACCGCAGGCUGCGGGGUGUUGGCGUUGACGCUGCCAAGGCUACCGGUGCUGCUACGACGGUCCUCCGCCCCCUCCGGGUUGGAGCGAGUCCGAGGCCUCAGCUCGACCAAUCGCUCCUCUCCAUCCGCUGGACCGGGCUCUGGGGUCUCCAUGGAUACAGGGACAGGUCGCUGAGGACAACGUCAUUAUUUUAAUUUGACAAAAACAGAUUGUGAACAUAAAUGCGGGAGCAAGCUAGCUAGUUAGCAAAUGCCAGCUCGAGUCCUGUGCUGCCAGCUACCUAAAAUACGAAGUUACUUGUGCUACUCACUACACGUACACCAGUCUAACCCGUUUAGCACUAGCUACAUUUGUUAAGACUGUUGACGUUAUAGUUACAGUAGUUUGUGCUAUUGUAGCUACAGUACACGUAGCAAUUCUAAAGUUAGUGCUAGCAGUACCAAGCAUCCUACUAGUAAGCAAAUUUGAUAACACAUUUAUAAUUUAAACGAAGGUUGAAAUAUAUUGACUUACAUUUUACACAAAGAUGUUUGUUGUUAUGAGCCAAAACAGCAGUAUACACUAAAACAUAAGUUAUCGGUCGUUAACUCAUUCGGUUUUGUAUUGUUUUGCUGGCCAUUUAGUGUCUUCCGGGUCGGAAGUAUCUAUAAACAGUUCCGCUAGAGUAAUAGUGGGUAAUGUAGUUCAGCCCAGUGAGACGUUUAUGUCAGUGAUAAAAUACAAUAGAAACAUAGUUUUUAAUAUCUCUUCCCUGUCCUCUUUUUGAAUGCACAUAAUUUGGUAGUGUUAUAUUCCUACAAACAGAGAUAAAGGCUGAAUAUGUGAGUUGAAGGAGUCAGACAGAGAGAAAGAGAGAGUGGGUGAGAGAUAGAGAGGUAGAGCGAGGAGGGCUCAAUAGUACUUCCAGUUGGGCAGGCAGCUCACAGACAGGAGGUUAACAGAGACUGAGGAACUAUUGGAAGCUAUAAUUAUACCAAACAACAGGACAGCAGUGAUUAUUGCACCAGCACGGUUCCUCGAUGGUAGUGAAGGGCUGAUAGAGAUGGACUGAUUAAAGCUGCAGACCACAAAGGUUAUGGAGGGUUCCAACAAGCAGGAGGCUGAAUCUGGGAGAGCGGAGAUGGAGCCGUGCGAGGCUGAGCCGUCCCAGGCGGAGCUGGCUCAGUGCGAGGCGGAGGUGGAGCCGUCCCAGGCGGAGCUGGCUCAGUGCGAGGCGGAGGUGGGGACUCUGCUCAGCGUCAUCGCGGAGCUCAACAGGAAGAUGGGAGCACUAGAGGCCCCACGUGAUUCUGAGGACAGUAAACCAGUGGAAGCAGCUGUUCCUCUGGCUCCAGUCCAUCCAGCCAGGCCUUCCUCCCGAUGUGCCCCAGCUAGGAGAGAGGGCGGUAGUGAGGUUUGGUGUGAGCUCCAGGAGGUGCUGUCAGCCCUGGAGGAGUCCGUCAGCAGCAGGAAGUCCUGGGCCACCCCAAACACGGCCUUCGACCGGGACAAACAGACAGAGCACCUCGCUGCAGCCAGGGAGAGCUGGGCGCUAGUCACACAGGUGCUCGAGGACAUGGAGAGAGAGUUUGGAAUCUCGUACCCGUCGGAGCUGCCCACCGAGGAUCUCCAGGGAUACCGACGGGAAGUCCUGGCGCUGCACCAGAGCAACCGUGACCUCCGCAGCACCCUCCAGCACCGUCAGGAGGCUCUGGAGGCAGCCAGGUUCUCUGUGGCGGAGAUGGAGGAGGAGAAGAACAAGCUACAGGAGUGGCUGCAGGGUAUUCAUAAAACCUGGUGGUCUACAGGCAGCAUCUCCCCUCCCUGCAGCCCCUCCGACAGCUCUAGCGGUGGGGCACUGAGCCCAGGCUGGGUCUCCCCUCCCUUCCCUGGCUCUCCCCUGUUCCCCAGGAGGCCCUCAAGGGCCUUCUCCGCCCUGUCAACCGGAGGGGACAGUUCCCCGUCUGCCUCGCCCCGUCUAGCCAGGGCCUCCUUGGGCAGCCCCAGCCCCAGCCCCUGCCCCAGCCCCUGCCCCAGCCCAGUUACAACCCUGGAAGGUGAGAGAGAAAGAAUGCAGAGGUGCAUCGAGAGGCUGAAGGCCAGGAACGAGCGUCUGAGUGGAGCGUUGGAGCGGAGGAAAGGGGAGUCCGAGCAGAUCAGCAUGACUCUCAGCAGACACGAGGCGGACCACACCGCCCUGCAGAUGGCUGUCAGAUACUGCGAGGAGUGUGAGGAGGUGUACGGUGACUUACUAUCACUCUACCAGGCAAAGAAACAGCAGUGCAUUCCACACUGGAGAGACACAGCAGAGACAGUUGUGGACAGAGAACUUCCUGGAAGUCCCAGAGCACAGUUGAGGAGUCUGAGGACUGAAGAGCUGUCAACCUCCUUCUCAACACCAGGGGGGGCUGUGGAGCGCCAAACGCAUAAGCAGGCUAGCCUGAGGUCUCCCGGGCUACAGGGGCGCGAGGUGUCUCUCCGCGAGCAGAUCAGGCAGUUGAAGCAGGACAGAGCUGCGCUGUGCGUCCCCAAACCGGGCCCUGGGGGUGAGGGCCAACUCAGCCCAGACACAGGCACCCUGGCUGGGACUCGGGCCAAGGGGCCCAAACCUGGGGAACCCACUCCCGAUGCCAGCAGAGAGAAGGCCACUCUUCUCUAUGAGCUGGUCACUGUUAGGGAGGAGAUGUCGGAGCUGCGAGGCUUAAUCCGUCUCAGGGAGAAGGAGCGCAGGUGUCUGGACUGGAGCCUGAUGGCCCAGAAGGCCCAGGAUGCCGCUGGGGAGCUGGUGGCCGAGAGCCUGCAGGAGGAGCUGGAGGACAGGAGGGCAGACAGACAGAGAUUGUCGGAAGCUAAGCUGGCUGGUGAAGACGAGCCAGGUCCUGGGAACAGCAUCAUGCUGAGGGAGCUUCUGACUGUCCUGCACAGGGAGCAGCUUCUGAAGAGGAGGGUGUCAGCCAUGAGGGGCUCUCUGGACUCGGCUCUGUCAGACAGCGCCACCCACAGGAGAGACAGUGAAGAGCAGAAGGCUCGGCUUGCCCAAGCUCACAGCAAAGCCACCGGAACGUACCGGAACGCUCGCAGGAAGUACCGGGAGCAGCUGUGGCGUCUGGAGCGUCAGGUGACGGCGAUGUCGGAGCGUCACAUGACCCAGAUCGGCGCCCUGAAGGCCACGCUGGAGGCACUGGAGUGGAGGCGGGAGGAGACGGUUCUCUGAGAGCAGCCCUGCCUUGGAACCCCUACCGCCCCUUAUAGCCUUGGAACCCUACCCGUCUUGGAACACUGCAGCCCUGGAACCUUGCGGUCCUCCAACCCCUAGUGCGCCUUGGCUGAAUCUCAAGUCCUUUUAACAGAUCCACUCGCCAAGGACCAUGUAGAAUGUCCCUGAGACUUUUCCUUCUCGAUGACUCAUGGGGAACAAGCGAUGCCGUUCAACAAAGUAGGUCAUCUGUUCUGGAAGCAGAGAUUAUGAAGGACAGAUGACCCAGAGAUCACAUGAUCCCCCUCCACACAAAAAACAAGAGAGAGAGAUGGAGAGAGAGAGGUAGCAGUACAAUGGCAGAUAUGUGCACAAAA